AUGCAGAGGCUACAGCCUAGCGUCUCCAGUAAGCCUCCGUCGCGUAAGACACCCUUCCAGCCUGCUCAUGAGCUCCAGUAUGGACUAAAAGUCAUGGCGAAGGAUGCUAGCGGUGUAGUGUGCUCCGUGCGCUGUCAGUUUUGCAAAUAUUUUGGGAGAGAGGAAUCGAAGAACGGCAAGAGACGACGAACCCAAAACCAAAAGUUUUACAAGCCCCCAUAUCGACCUCAAUACUACACAGAUCAUAACACAACAGCUCAUGGUAUUAAGUGGGCGCAGUAUCAGGCCCUGAGCAGCGACGAGAAAUCGGGCAUUUUUCUCUGGUCAAAUUUCACACAACAAUCAGUUAUCCUCCCACUACGAAGUCGAGUCUUCUACACUGAGCUUUGA